AUGGCGACGUCGUCCUCGGGCGCGCUGCCCUCGGACACGCUGCCCUCGGGCGCGCUUAUCUUUGACUUUGACUCGUCACUAAUCGACGCCAACACCGAUACCAUCGUCUUGGACAGGCUCGAUGCUGGCCUGCGCGAUCGACAGCGGGAGCUAGUGGCAGAGCUCGGCUCUGAUUGGCCGGCGGUGAUGACGACUGUUCUCGGCGAGCUGACUUGUGGUCCCGAUGCUGUGCUGGCAGCCAUGGCGGACGUGCCGCGCUUCCGCGAGUCUGAGGACGCCGUUCGUCGCGCCCGUGACCUUGGCAUGGACACCUACAUUGUCUCCAAUGGGAACACGGUGCUCAUCGGCGCUGUUCUGGAAGAUCUCGGCCUAUCUGAUGCCUUUACCGCCGUCUAUGCCACUCCGGGCACGUGGUCCGAUGACGGAAAGCUCGUCGUGGCCCCGUAUCACACCGACGGCGUCGCCUGUACCCGCUACCACCGCUGCCCGCCCAUGAUGUGCAAGGCACGGGUGAUCGAGUCUAUUGUGGCCGAGCGCAAUGGCGUGCCCUACGAUCAUCUCGCCUACGUCGGCGACUCGGUCGGAGACUUCUGUGCGCUCACUGCUCUCGAUGCCAGUCGCAACCACCACGCGCUCGUCCGCGGCGACUGCUCGCUCGAGACGCUCCUUGCCACCGAUGCUUCUGCCCGGGCCCGCGUCUCGCUCCCGGAUGACUGCCUCCAUCGCUGGACCUCUGGUGCCGAUGUGCUUGCCGUCCUCGAGCGCCACGUCUUUGCCGCCGUUCACGAAUCAUCUGCUGCUCCUCCAGCCAGUUAGCGACCAGAGCGUACAUCAUGACCACGCCAUCAAAAGAUGCUGCUCUACCGCCAACAGUCGCCUUGUUUGCCAUCGCCGCCACCGUCGUCACCGCAACCGCAGCCGUCCCAUCCGUCAUGUCGGCAACAAAGAACCGAAC